AUGGCGACAGUGGUGGGGUUCAGCACGCGGCACUCCGCGCAGACGUCGCUCACCAUGGGGAGCAGCUUCGCCAGCCAGAGCGAGGCCCCGCUGGACCCACCAGUGCUGCCGCCCUACAGGGGCCAGGCUUUGCCAGCUGAAAUGCUCGACAAGAAUGCGAAGGCGCUGAAGAACAUGAACGCCCAGACGGCCAAGCGCGCCAAGUGGCAUGUGAAGGCCCUCGGCCCGAAGGCAAAGCAGACGAACAACCAAACGCUGCGUCGAGCGGCGGCGACAGGCGAGGGGGCGCGGCCAAACGCCGGCGCCGAGCUGAAGGCGCUCCGGAUCCAGGACACGCCAGGCCUGCGCCGCCACCUGCGGAGACGUUUGGAACGUUGGAAUUUGCAGAUAGUGCCGGGGCACCGACCGCAGCGAAUGGAGGCCGCGCUCUCCUGCAUCGGGGCCCCAGUGCCACCUUGCGUCUGGGCAGCAUCGCUCAAAGCAUUAUUGGGCGGCUGGACAACGGCUGCUUCGGGCGGGAGGCCUUCGCAGUGCUUGUUUGGCUGCCAGAGUGGGCAGGACGUCAUAGCGCACCAUGCGCACUGCCCCUGCGUGGCGCAGCUGGCUCGCGCGCGUCUCCGGCUGGAGCCGGCGCCAGCCGCUGUGCGUCCGGGUGACUUCUUGCUCCUGCACGGCCACUCCGGGGCGCGGCGCUUGGCCCUGCGGGCGCCGUGCCUGCGCGCCACGUUCAUGGCCGCGAACGCCGCGCGCAGCGGGCGGGCGAAUGCCGCCGGCGACGCGCGGGCGCAGGUCAUGCUUGACGGAGCGGCUCGUGACGCACCGCUCACCGGCAUUGUCGACACAUUGUGGAGCACCUGA